AAACGUUGACGUGUGGAGGGCAGUAAUACGCGUAGCAGCCUCGGAACCGGAAUCCUACAAGAAGAAGAAGACCCCUCACAGAACAGUGUUUGGCAACGACAGGGUUAAGGAGUGUAUAGGUCCAAAUCGAUGCCCCCUCUCCCACACGUCGCCAUGAACAAAUGAAUUCGCGGGGAAUUAAAUACCCAUUUCGCAAAGGAGAAAGAGUCCUGUGCUUUGAACCAGACCCCACCAAGGCUAAAGUGUUGUAUGACGCCAAGGUCCUUGAUGUCUUGAUUGGUACAGACGAACAUGGAAGAAGAAUCCCAAAGUACCUGAUUCACUUCAACGGUUGGAACAGAAGCUGGGAUCGUUGGGCUGCAGAGGAUCAUGUCCUAAGGGACACUGAGGAAAACCGUAAAUUGCAACAUAAACUGGCUCGCAAAGCACUAGGUCGCAUGAAGAGAAAGGGAUGGGCAAAGAGGCGGCGACGUCAGUCUGGUACUAAAUCCUCUCUGAAGACUCUCCCUAAGGAGGAUGACAGUGAUGACGCAUGUUUGAUCUCAACUUCAGAGAGCAGUGGAGGGGACGACUCUGACCCUGAAUCUUCUAACAGUGGGGACAGCACCUUCUCUGAGGAUCUCAACAAAAUGAGGGUUGAGCCAGACAUUAAUGUUAAAAGGGAAUGUGAGGAGAAGAUCGUCCAUGUUGACAUUAACAUCCCCGAUAUCCUGAAGAAGAAAUUGGAGGAUGACUGCUUUUACAUCAACAAGAGGAAGAAGCUGGUGAUGGUUCCCUGUCAGAUGAAUGUUGUGCACAUCCUCGAGUCCUACGUCAAGCACUUCGCCAUCAACAAAGCAUUCAUGGCCAACGAGAGGUAUCGGCGUCAGCAGAGCACCACACAGAACAGCAGCCCACAGCCAGUCCCUCCAGAGAAGAGCGAAGAGUUGUGUAAGGAGAUGGUCGACGGCCUGAGGAUCACGUUCGACUUCACCUUACCCAUGAUCCUUCUCUACCCCUCUGAACAAGCUCAGUUCAAAAAGGUCAGCUCUUCCAGGCUUUUCCUGGCCGUCAAUGAAAGCUCACCUUGCUCCAGCAACGCCCAACGAGAGCGCAGCCCUAGCCCGUUGGGGCACAACCCACCCACCCCCCAGUCCACAGACAGUCAACCUGCACUGAGCGACAUUUCUGCCACCACGCCAACUGCCUCAGCUCCCACGCCGAAGCGCCGGCGUCACCCCGACAUGGACUGUAUCUCAUUCCAGUCCCAGUCACUCAGACGCUCCACGAGGAACACAUCUGGAGGGGACCGGCCAGCUGAAGGGAGCAGUGGAGGUGGAGGCAGUGCCACAGCAUCCCCGCAGCUUAAACGCCGUUUGGUCGACACCUCAUCCCAGCCCAAGUUCUUCCUCAAUCUUGACAGAAAAACCCCGGUGCACAGUGGCUCAUCUUCCCCGUUGCCCUUGACGCCAAGCAAAGAGCGAAGUGGUCCUUUCUAUGGCCUUGAGAGCCGGAGAAACAAUGAGCUUAAUGAGGUCCUCAGCUGGAAGCUGACUCCUGAUAACUACCCGCUGCAUGACCAGCCGCCCCCACCCUCCUACCUGUAUGGAUCACAGCACCUCUUGCGUCUUUUUGUGAAACUUCCUGAGAUCCUGGGAAAAAUGCAGAUCCCUGAGAGGAAUCUGCGAGCCCUGGUCAAACAUUUGGAGCUCUUUCUAAGGUUUCUGGCAGAGUUCCAGGAGGAUUUUUUCCCUGAGUCUGCAUAUGUGUCAGCAUCAGAGGCCCACUACAGCAUGAAACAACCAAGGCCAAUUUAUUGAAGGAGACGUUGGCCAUUGUGUUUCCUUCCCUUGCUUGUCUCUACCCUGACCCACCCUAUGUCUGGGCUUGUGUACAGAGGAAUAAAUAGCAGCUGUCUCCGGAAUUCAGCUGUUUUGUGUUUU